CUCUGAUGAUUUAUAUGCCCACAUCCCCUGUGUAAGAAAAUCAUCAUUCCAUAAAACAAACUCCCUCCAAAAACCCAAAAAAAUAUGGGCAAAAAUGAAGACGAUGUUCGAAGACAAGUCGAAGAACGAGUGAUCAACGAAGAAUACAAAAUCUGGAAGAAAAACACACCCUUUUUAUACGAUCUGGUCGUCACUCACGCCCUCGAAUGGCCUUCCUUGACCGUCGAAUGGCUUCCCGAUCGAGAGGAGCCGGCCGGAAAAGACUACUCGGUCCAGAAGCUGAUUCUUGGGACCCACACUUCAGAAAAUGAGCCAAAUUAUUUAAUGAUAGCUCAAGUUCAAUUGCCGGUUGAUGAUGCUGAAAAUGAUGCUCGCUCUUAUGAUGAUCACAACAAUGAUGUUGGUGGGUUCGGCUGCAAUAAUGGCAAGGUUCAAAUAAUUCAGCAAAUAAAUCAUGAGGGGGAGGUGAACAGAGCUCGUUAUAUGCCUCAAAACCCAUUCAUUAUAGCCACCAAGACAAUUAACGCAGAAGUUUAUAUCUUUGAUUAUAGCAAGCACCCAUCUAAGCCUCCUCUUGAUGGAGAAUGUAAUCCUGAUUUAAGAUUGAGGGGUCACAACACUGAAGGAUAUGGUUUAUCGUGGAGUAAAUUCAAGCAAGGUCAUUUGCUGAGUGGUUCUGAUGAUGCCCAAAUUUGUUUGUGGGACAUUCAAGCAACGCCAAAAAACAAGGUCUUGGAAGCUAAGCAGAUAUACAAGAUUCAUGAAGGCGUUGUUGAAGACGUGGCUUGGCAUUCUAGGCAUGAACAGCUAUUUGGCUCGGUUGGGGAUGACCAAUACUUGCACAUAUGGGAUACACGAUCUCCAUCGACUACCAAGCCUAUGCAGAGUGUAAUAGCUCAUCGAAGCGAGGUUAAUUGCUUAGCAUUCAAUCCUCUUAAUGAGUGGGUUUUGGCGACUGGGUCAACAGACAAGACUGUGAAGCUUUUUGAUUUAAGAAAGUUCACGACUGCUGUUCAUACGUUUGAUCGUCACCAGGAGGAGGUGUUUCAGGUUGGAUGGAGUCCAAAUAAUGAGACAAUUUUAGCAUCUUGUUGUCUUUCCAGGAGACUCAUGGUAUGGGAUCUGAGUAGGAUCGACAUGGAGCAAACCCCAGAGGAAGCAAAAGAUGGGCCGCCAGAGUUGCUAUUUAUUCAUGGUGGACAUACUAGUAAAGUUUCUGAUUUCUCGUGGAAUCCAUGCGAAGAUUGGGUCAUUGCUAGCGUCGCUUCAGAUAACAUCCUCCAAAUAUGGCAGAUGGCUGAAAAUAUCUACUAUGAUGAAGAUGAUGUGCCUGCCGAUCAACUCAAUAAUAUAGAUACAUAGGCUAGGUUUUCGCUUUCUCUUAAUCUAGGAUUUAUUUCACCCCUACCAUAACAUAAACUUAAGGUGGUACUUAGCUUGAACUGAAUCUUGGCAUCUUUCUUAUGAAUAUAGAGUAAUUAGGUAAUCUUUGUUUUUCUGGUCGA